AUGGCGUCAACAACUCUGACCUUCGAUCCAGACGGUGAUUUGAUCUUGCUCUUUCAAAACGCCGUCGUAGAGAGUUCAGUGACCACUGAAGAUGAAGAGCCCCCUCAAAAAAAGUUCAAGUCAAAUGGAUCGAAAGGACUCGGAGAAACGGAGACUUCGGAGAUUCGCAUGCAAGUAUCUAGCAAGCAUCUGGGACUUGCGAGCCCGGUUUUCAAAGCCAUGUUAGGCCAUGGAUUCAAGGAAGGAGAAGCCUUUAGAGCAGAUGGUAAGGUUGAGAUACCACUGCCUGAUGACGAUGCUGCUGCCAUGACGAUCCUCCUAGCCAUCAUGCAUGGCCGAGGCCGCCGUGUACCUCGCGAAGUAUCGUUGCCGCAGCUUGCACUCCUUUCGAUUGUCAUCGACAAAUACCAAGCCCAAGAAAUCGCUGAGAUCUACACUGAUAUCUGGAUCAACCGUCUCUCAAACAAAUUUGACCACAUCUUGUUCGACUACGAAUCAGACAGCAGCAUCGUUCUUAUGUGGUUGACCAUCUCCUGGGUCUUCCUCAAGGCUGACUUAUUCCAAAGAGCCACAAAGUUUCUAAUUCGGGAGGACGAAUGGUUCGAAUUCGACACAGAAGUUAAGGUUCCUGGUACAGAUCACAUUCUCCACCUUCCCAUUGUUGCCCUAGAUGCAAUACGAGUUAUCAAAGAACAAACUAUCGCAGAAAUGUAUUCUUGGGUGGAGGCGCAGAUCCAGAAGUAUACAUCUCCCAAUAAGUGCAGUACAUCAAUCUGCAAGUCCAGCAGGUUCCUGGAGAAGAAUCGAAAGUGUGACGCUAUGGUACUGGGCAGCAUGAUUCAAGGUGUCUCCAAUGCUCUUUCAGUGUGGCCAGAUCCUGGACCUCCUCACAACAUCUCCAUUCAAUGUCUGAAGCACGAAAUCGGUGCCUUCAAAUUGUUAUCCGCCUGCCGAGUCAAUGGCCUGUGUCAUCUUACAAGGUGCAGGAUCAAUAAUAUGAGUGGCUUCGUUUCUAGUGCGAAGAACUCAGAAGGAUUGCUAUUGGAGGACUACCGACAGCUUCUCCUACCCGGUGGACUGGCAAGAUGA